AUGAGCAGGAACUACAUGUCCAGGGAAGAUGCGCUUCGCAAAGGAGACUCUCUGAUGUCCAACAACAGAGAAUAUAAGGCAAUCUUCCAGGAGGAUGGCAAUUUUGUGAUAUACGGCUGGAAGCCAUUGUGGGCAUCUGACACGUGGGGAAGGCAAGAUGCCCACUCUCUGCGCAUGCAGACUGAUGGCAAUGUUGUUAUAUACACUAAAGAUGGAUCUCCCAUCUGGCAUACCAACACUGCCUCUUCAGAGUGCUGCAACACUAGCCAUCAUUUCUACCUGUGUGAUGAUGGAAACUUGGUCCUUGAACGGGAUCUCAAAGAAGUGUGGAACUCUGCCAGUUCUAAAGGGCACAAGGGUUGA